AUGAGAACUUCACACGACCUCGACAAAGAAGGGCACGCUGCUAUGCACAAGGAGCUUGCUGAGGAGACGGUCCACGAGGCUGCUGAGCGUGGACACCAGGCAACCGACCAGUAUUUUGAUGCCAAAGCUGAGGCCAAGCUACGCAGGAAGAUCGACUUCAUGAUUAUCCCUACUAAACUUACUGGCUACGACUACAAUGCGAUCCUAUCAGUCUUCUACGUCUCGUAUAUCAUUUGCGAGAUUCCUGCGAAUAUGUGCUGCAAGUGGCUCGGACCCGGAUGGUUCAUCCCUGGAAUAUCUCUGGCUUUCGGUCUCUGCUCCAUCGCCACCGCUUUCGUCCAUAACUUCAGCCAAAUGUGCGGCGUCCGAUUCGUGCUUGGUAUUUUUGAGGCAGGUAUGCUUCCUGGAAUUGCCUACUACCUUUCCCGUUGGUACAGAAGAGCAGAGCUGGCAUGGAGACUUGGUCUUUAUGUUGUAGCAGCACCUCUUGCUGGCGCCUUCGGAGGCUUGUUGGCUUCCGCUAUCUUGAGACUGGAUGGCUUCGCUGGGCUCAAAGCUUGGAGAAUGAUUUUCGCUAUCGAGGGAAUCAUUACUGUUGGCCUUGCAGUCAUUUCCUUCUUCACAUUGACCGACAGACCUGCAACCGCCAAAUGGCUCUCCCAGGAGGAGAAGGAUCUCGCGAUCUCUCGCGUCAAGUCGGAGAGAGUUGGGGCCACCGAGGUUCUGGACAAAUUCGAUCGCAAGAAGAUUUUCAAGGGUAUCUUCUCUCCUGUUACUCUGGGCACGGCUACAAUUUUCCUGCUCAACAACGUCACCGUCCAAGGUCUUGCCUUCUUUGCGCCCACUAUUGUUAAAACAAUCUACCCUCACAACACGGUCGUCAGCCAGCAGCUUCACACUGUUCCACCCUACAUCGUUGGAGGCUUCUUCUGUUUGAUGUUCCCAUUCAUCAGUACGAAGACAGACUGCCGUCUCCCCAUUUUGAUUUGCUCAGCCCCUCUGAUCAUCAUCGGAUACAUCAUGUUUUUGGCCACUGAGACCGCCGCUGUCCGCUAUGGCGCAACUUUCAUAAUCGCCAGCGGUGCCUUCGCGUUUGGCUCUCUUUGUAACGCUCAAGUCAGUGCAAACGUAGUCUCAGAUACCGCACGCAGUUCCGCCAUCGGCACCAACGUCAUGUUCGGCAACGUCGGUGGUCUUAUCGCCACUUGGUCGUUCCUUCCCUUCGACGGUCCCAACUACCACAUUGGCAAUGGACUCAACUUGGCUGUCGCCAGCACCGGACUGUGCCUGUGCAUCUUGCUGUUCUUCUGGAUGAAGAGAGAUAACAAGAAGAGAGAUGGCAGAGAUGUUGAUCAGGAGUUGGCUGGUACCACUCUUCUUGAACAGCAGGAUAUGGACUGGAAGCACCCUAGUUGGAGAUGGAGACCUUGA